GUAUAUUUUAAUCAAACCUUAACAUGUAUUUGUAAUUUAUCAAGAAAUUUGAAUUCAGCUCAGCCAGAAAGGGGUCGCGACGAAGCCAUUGUUGAAGAAACUUGAACAAUAAAUGCUCUUGCCUUAUUGAUUAAGGUGAAUAUAUGGGUUCAGAGAUUGAAAUUGUUGAGGAGAGAUUGAAGUCUUUCCUUGGUCAACUCCAAACAGAAUGUGGCAUCCUUGAUAGAAUUGUAUACAAAAACAAGAAUCAGCACCGACGAUGCUCAUAUUUUCAGUACCUUCUAAAGGUGAGGAGAGAUUUGAGGCUUCUGCAAUCAGCUCACAUAGAAGAGAUUGUUAGCUCCUCCUUUCAAGUUAUCCAUGGGACAAAACCUAAGCAAAAGGUGCAGCUUUUAGAAAGUUUGAAGAGGAGAAAAUGUGAUAGUGGAAAACAUAAUUUUUUGGAGCGGCUCUUAGGAGCUGCACGCCUAGUGUCACAGAUGGUUGAGCCAAUGUUGAAGGCAGCUAUAGAAAUAUCUACUUUACUUGCUCGAUCAUUUUUCAUGGGGUUUUCUGUUACAAUUUUGGCUUUGCUUGCACGCCUACGAGUUUUGGUCCAACAAAUAUUACUCGAUGUUGUAACAGUAUUCAACAUGGUUUCUUCUCUCUCUCAAAAGGAGCAGUCUGUAAAAUUAACUCAUGAAGGAUUUGAGGUAUUUACAGAAUAUUACCCAAUGAAAGACCAAGUUGUCUUGCUGGACUGCGUGUGGGAAACAGAUAAGUUUGUAUUACAUGAGAGAAUCAAUAAAAGCCAGACUGAAUGUCAAGACAGGGAGACUAGAGAAGUCUCUCUAGAAGCAUCUGCAAUUCAGUAUCAAAGUAUUGAGGUUUUGCUUGGUGAUGACGAAUCUGGCAAGGAAGAUCCAAACUGCACUUCUGACGGCCUCGCUCACAUCAAGGUCAAUAAUACUUGUUCAUUUGAAGGUCCUGUGAUCGAGAAUGAUGAUGCGAAGAAGAUUGAACAUUGUUCAAAAGUGGAAGAUGUUUCAGGAUCUCCAAGAGAGAACCUGCCCUCUGAAAUUGGCUUGCCUACGGAUUCAAGUUCAUCUGUGCGUUCAGAUCCUUUAAAACUUAAACCCGGAUCAAAAAAUAAAGUGGCGUUCAUAUCAGUAAACAAGCCUGCAGUAUCAACAACAAAUGUAACUGAGCUUCACAUAAAGGGAACUGAGAGUCGGAGUGAUGACAAAGAAGAUCCAUUCUUCAGUCUACUUCCCGGUGGAAACCUCAAGGAUAGUCUAUUCUGAAUACUGAUCAGUUCAAGCUGUUGAUCUUUAAUAGAAUGACUUACACUGCAUCUUGAUCGGGUUUUUUUCCUUUUUUAAGAGAUGGUAAUUAAAUUUUUUCAGUUGUGUAGGAACCUUUACAGGUUGAAGUUCACCUCAUUCGGUGUAAUUUUGGAACUUUGGGAUGCAGCAAUUUUGUUUUUAAUAUCAUAAUAUUGAUUCAAUAAUCA